AUGUCACCGAGAUAUACUUCUGCUAGACAGAUUAAAGACGAUCCUCGGUUUUCGCUCAUUCCCGUGAUAUCUUAUAGUUCACAUUCUACUACUAUUUCUAGUGCUACCCUCAAUGAUAGUGAUGAUAUCACCCCUCCUUCUGGAUCUCCAAAAUAUGAAGAAAAUACGUUCAUAGACUGGCAAUAUGAGUAUGCCAGACUCAAUUUUCCCAAGCGCAUAUGGUCACAAAGUGCAUCGAGGUUCAAAAGAUUUGAAAAUCUCAGUGUGAGGUGGCUCACAUUGAUCAUAUCCAGUAUAGGUACGGCCAUGGUGACUCUGCUAAUCGAUUAUGUAGGAAUGCUAUUUCAUGACAUUAAAUUUGGAAUUUGUCUUGACUCAUUCUAUCGCGUUAGAUCUAAGUGUUACACUAAGUGGUCCAAUUGGGGACCGUUGUUUGUCAGUGAGACACUUCUUCAGACCAUUAUCAACUUCGCAGUAGUCUUGAUCACAACUACUCUCCUUGCUAUUGGUGCCUUUAAAAUCGCUGCUAGACACUCUGAUAUUUCGAAAAGCGGAAUUGCUGAGAUGAAAAUGAUUGUUUCUGGUCUAUUCCUUCCACGAUUCUUGAAUUCUUCUCUAAUUUUCAGCAAAAUCAUUAGUCUUUUGAUGGUUAUCGCCAGUGGAUUAUGGCUAGGCUAUGAAGGACCAUUGGUUCACAUCGCAUGUGCUUUAUUGAGUACCUGUCUUGAUGUCUUUUCUCGCUUUGGCGUCGGAUUCACGAACGAGGCUAUCAGAAGAGAGUUCUUAUCUUCUGGUUUCUCUAUAGGUAUAGCGUCUGCAUUCAAUGCUCCUAUUGGCGGGGUUUUAUUUGGACUCGAACAGAUACAGUCAUAUUUCCCAGUUGAUAAGAUGAUGUGGAACUCAUUUAUUUGCACCACCAUUGGUGUCACUGUUCUACAGAAACUCAACCCCUUUAAGGACGUUUCAGUCAACGACUCCUUCAAAGUGGAUUUUAAGAACAAUUGGCUUUACUUCGAGGCCUUCGUAUACAUUUUUCUUGGUUUGAUAUGUGGCUCUCUUGGGAUCCUUUUCAAUAAGCUUAACACUACAUUCGCUCGCUUUAGAAAGAGACACAUUGGAGGCAGUUCAGGACUUCGUCUGACCGAAGUCGUUGUUGUUGCUAUCGUCUCAAAUGUUUUAGCUUUCUGCUUCAAUGCCUCUCAUCGUAGUAUAACCGAAAUGAUGGAUUUACUUUUUACAGAUUGUGCUGAUGAUCCCAACAGCCCUCUAUGCUCCUUAGAUAACACCGAAGGCUUCCCUAUAAAGACGUUGCUCGUACUUCUUUUCCUCAUUGUACAGGGCUACUUUCUCUCCGCUUACACUUACGGUAUUUUCGUUCCAGGUGGUGCAUUAAUUCCGGCCCUUACGGUGGGAGCAUUGAUAGGCAGGUUUGUUGGAGUUCUUGUCGAGUUUAUUCAGUACAGGUUUUCCGAUUUGAGUGUCUUUCUACACUGUUACAACGAGAAAAUCUCUUGUAUUUCUGUUGCAUCGUAUGCUGUGGUUGGAUCGGCAUCAUUUUUUGCUGCUGUCACCAAGAUGAGUGUUGCAUCUGUAGUGAUUGUAUUCGAGCUUACCGGUGCUCUCAAUUAUAUCAUCCCUAUCAUGAUGGGAGUCUUCUGUGCCAAAGUCUUGAACGAUUUGUUUUUGGGAAAAUCAAUCUAUGAGCUGUGGCUCAUUGCUGAAAAUGAAUGCUACUUGCCAUCAAAUUUGGAGGAUACCAUGACAGUAUCAGAGAUGUCGAUGAUGUCGGCAACACAGCUAAUGACUUCUGCCGAUGAUUUGGAAGUUAUAUAUGAUAGCAGAUGCAUAACUGUGCAAGAUCUUGAAGAUGUUCCUGCAAGUCUGUAUGGACACCCAAUUCUUAAGUCUCCAUCGGAUCCUGAACUCAUUGGUUAUGUUACUUCGUUUCAAAUCGGCCAAGAAGUGGAUAGAAUUCAUACUAAUCUAACACCUACAACUGACACCAAUGAAUCUGUUCGUAAUGAGGCCGAGGACGGAAAUAGCAACGGCUAUUUUUCUCUGGGCCAGACGAUGACGCCGUUGGCAGAUCUAUUUGUUGUCGCUCCCAAUUUCAACCUUUUGACGGCAUAUCAGGCCAUGGAUAAGUUGAAACUAAGUAACAUAUUUGUUUGCCACGCGGGUACAAGUAACUUUAGAGGAGUAAUAAGUAAGCAAGACCUGGUUCAGUUUGUGCAUCUGAACGAUAAAAAAUUGAAGAAAGAGGUAGGUAUAUAG